AUGAACCAAAAGUCUAAUCUGUAUCAACCCACCCAUCCCACUUUACUUUCCAUCUGGUCAGGCACAGUCAAGGAAAUUCUCACAGAGAACGGGUUCCGAGGGCUCUAUCGUGGUCUUGGACCGACCAUCCUUGGGUACCUUCCGACAUGGGCCAUCUACUUUGCAGUCUACGACGGAGUGAAGACAGCAUUCGGAGUCAAAACCACCGGCAUGUAUGCGGUCAGGUCGAGCGAAAGAUUGUACCCAGCUGCCCAAGUUAAGGGUUACCAGCCUGUUGCACGGGAACAUCCAUGGACACUUCAUAUAUUGUCUGCCAUGACGGCGGGGGCUGCCAGCACAAUCUGCACCAAUCCUCUAUGGGUAAUCAAGACGCGGUUCAUGACCCAAAUGAAGGGCGAAGUGCGAUAUAAACAUACAUUGGACGCUGCGCGUACGAUAUGGCGAACAGAGGGACCCCGAGCAUUCUACCGAGGUCUGUUACCUAGUCUACUAGGUAUCCUUCACGUCGCAGUCCAGUUUCCCUUGUAUGAACAACUGAAGAUUUGGGCUCAAGACGACUCUGACGCACCAAUAACGAGUCAAACUAUUCUUGCAUGCUCCGCUAUAUCCAAGAUGACCGCAUCGAUUGCGACUUACCCUCAUGAAGUCGUGCGGACCCGUCUUCAAACUCAGAGACGACCCCUAGCGGACGAUUUAUCCUCCGAUGGCAUGGUCAAACAGCAUUCAAAGAGAGGCAUCGUAUAUACCACCAAGAAGUUGAUAGCCAAGGAAGGCUGGACCGCCCUGUAUAAGGGCUUAUCUAUUAAUUUGAUUCGCACUGUGCCUAAUAGUGCUGUGACGAUGCUAACGUAUGAACUUCUCAUGAGACAUCUAUCCGCUCGGACGUGGUAA